UUCAAUUAGUUAAUUUCUAAAGUUCGUUUGCAGAUAUUAACUCCGUCACUGAAACUAGAAAGGUUAACUAAAAACCAGCAACAACCGAGUAACGUUGAUAACGGAACUUUCACGGUGCUGCACGAGCCUGACCCGUGCGUUUCAGAACUUUGUUGCAGACAAUUAGGAGCUAUCAGUCAAAACAACAACUUGUUCUCUCUCACCCGCAGCCAGACAGACAGAACGGGACCAGGUAGAUUAAAACCUUGUAGCCGGAAAGGUCGUGUGUUUCCCGAGAUGAAGAUCCUGUUCGCUCCGCUGAACAUCCCGCUGCGGAGGAGACUCCAGACAGCCGCGGUGCUGCAGUGGGUCUUCUCUUUCCUUGCGCUAGCCCAGUGUUGUCUAGCAGGGUAUGUGUUGCUGUGCGUCUCUGAUUGGUGGGUUCUGGCGGCGCUGUAUGCUGGUUGGCUGUAUCUGGACAGGGACACACCCACCAGCGGGGGUCGGAGGUCAGAGUGGCUUCGGAACUGGAGCGUCUGGAAACACUUCAGAGACUACUUCCCUCUCAAUCUCAUAAAGAUGGUGGAUCUGGACCCUGGUUCUAACUACAUCUUUGGGUUCCACCCCCAUGGUGUUCUGGUGGCGGGGGGUUUUGGGAACUUCUGUACGGAGGCGUCAGGGUUCUCCUCGCUGUUCCCCGGGCUGACCCCCUACCUCCUGAUGCUGCCAUUCUGGUUCAGAGUACCCUUCUUCAGAGACUACAUCAUGUGUGGAGGUCUGGUAUCCAGUGAGAAAGCCAGCCUGUCCUACCUGCUCUCAGCUCCUAGAGGAGGUAAUGUGGCGGUGGUGGCUAUAGGGGGCGCUCCAGAGGCUCUAGACGCCCGACCAGGAGCUCUCACCCUUCAGAUUCUACAUCGCAAGGGAUUCAUCAAACUGGCACUAAAACACGGGGCCCAGCUAGUACCUGUGUUCUCCUUUGGGGAGAAUGAGCUCUUCGACCAGAUGACCAACCCUGCCGGUUCGCCGCUCCGCUGGCUCCAGGACCACUUGCAAAGGCUCAUGGGAGUUGCGCUGCCAAUGUUCACCGGACGAGGAGUGUUCCAAUACAGCUUCGGUCUACUGCCCUACAGAGAGCCCAUACACACUGUUGUGGGUAGGCCUAUUCCAGUGGUCCAGACCCCCCCCUCUCUCUCUCUCUCUCCAGUGGGUAGGCCUAUUCCAGUGGUCCAGACCCCCUCAUCUCUCUCUCAUCUAUCUCAUCUCUCUCUCUCUCCAGUGGGUAGGCCUAUUCCAGUGGUCCAGACCCCCUCUCCCACUAAGGAUGAUAUAGACUGUCUCCAUUCUCUCUACCUGGAGGGCCUCACUACGGUGUUUGAAGACAACAAGGACAACUACGGCAUUGCACCAGACAAACACCUCCACUUCAUCUAGAUAUGUGCAUCCACACCUGUAAUCAGCAGGAAAAGAGGCUUUACAGACAAAUCCAAAGCGGUUGCAACACCUUCUAGGUCAGAGUUCUAGCUGAAGGUUAGAAGGAUCCUGUGGCGUUAUGUAGGGUUCUGUGGAGUUGAUGUAGGGUUCUAGAGGGUCCUGUCUGGUUCUAGAGGGUCCUGUCUGGUUCUAGAGGGUCCUGUCUGGUUCUAGAGGGUCCUGUAAGGUCAUCUGUAGGGUUCUAGAGGGUCCUGUAGGAUUAGUUGGGGUCCUGUAGGAUUAGUUGGGGUUCUAGAGUGUUGUGUAGGGUUCUAGAGGGUCAUGUAGGAUUCUGUGGGGUCCUGUAGGGUUAGUUAGUACCAAGAUGGUGGGCAGUAAGACGUGUUUGUUUUUGUCCCAUGUAAAUAUUAUUUUUAUUAUAUUUUUUGUUGUAUACAUUUCAUUAUAUUUCAAUCUAUUUUUUUUCUCCAUUUUCUAAUUAAAUAAACUUCCUGCAACCCGC